CUCUUGGUGCUAGCCUGCCAAAACUUUCAUCACUGUGUAUAAUGCGAAUAUUUUUCUAAAACUCGGAUAUCUGUUGUUAAACGAAGCAACGAUAAAGUGGUUGUUCUACUCUAGUUAAUUGAAUAAAGCUUCGUUCUUUUUGCAAAAACUGAUGCGGAGAUUCAUCUGCAAUCAUCUGAGCUGUUCAAAUUCAAAAAUAUCACGCUAAUACUUCAACUGGGCGGAGCCUGUAUACAGUGACUUAGAAUGUGACGCGAUUAAUUAUUUGACACUUGAUCGAAAUAUAGUGCAAAUUGCAAAGUAUGAAUCUCAUAAAUCCAACUGUGUGUAUUUUAGUGCUGUAUCUACUCGUCGAUACUGAAGCUUCUGAUCAACAUAAAAUGCAAGUAGAUAAAAAACCAUCAACCACUUUAAAAAAUGUGAUUCCAUCGUGUCACGAUUUUACUAGUUCGUUAUACAAGACUUUAUCGGAAAGCAGUAACGACAAUAUCUUGAUUUCUCCUGUGAACGUGUACGUAUUAUUAUCCUUACUUACUCACGGCACUGCAGGUUCCACUUUGGAUGAACUGAGAUCCAUUCUUUAUCACGAUGAUAUAGUUUCACUGAGUGAAGAAUUUCAAUCUUUGAUAGCUCUAUUAAAAGAUAUUGAAAAAGUUGAUUUGUAUACAAAAAGUGCGAUAUUUGCACAGUAUGGAUAUCCGUUUUUAAAUAAGUUUGAGUCAACAAGCACAGAUAUCUUUGAUUUCUUCAUAACGAUGAUAGAUUUUAGCAAUGCGGUCAAAGCUGUAGAAGAUAUUAAUACAUGGAUUAAACGAUCAACAUAUAACAAACUAUCGAAUAUAAUAACUCCGGAUACUAUUGAGGAAGAAACAAGAAUGAUGUUUGUUAAUACUAUUUAUUUUAACGGCAAGUGGCUUGCUAAGUUUGAUGAAAAGAAUACACAAAUGCUUGCUUUUCAUGUUUCUAAAACAGAGAUAAAUCUUGUCCCAACAAUGGUUAAGAAAACAAAAUUUAAUUGCGGUGAAAUACCAGAGUGGAAAGCAAGUUUUAUUGAAAUACCAUACAUGAAUUCAGACUUCGUAAUGGUGAUAUUGUUGCCAUACGAAGAAGUGAACUUGCAGACUGUGGAAAAUAAUUUCAACUGGAAAAUAUUGGCAAACGCACCCAGAUCUGUUGAGGAAAUAGAAUUGUAUCUACCUAAAUUCAAUAUUGAUUUUACUAUGGACUUGAAAGAUAUUUUAAAAAAGAUGGGAGUGAUCACGAUGUUUUCGAAAGAUGCAAAUUUUACAACUAUGUCAUCUCAACCUAUAUAUCUAAGCCAUGUGAUACAAAAAGGUUUUCUAAAAGUUGAUGAAGAAAGUACAGAGGCUGCUGCUGCAACAGUUGCACAAGGAAGAUCAAUUAGAUCGGCACCGAGGAUAUUUGCGGUUGAACGUCCAUUUUUAUUUGCGAUUGAAUAUAAGCCAUACAAGAUACCUCUACUUUUGGGAAGUGUGCGGAAAUUAGAUUAUCAACCAUUAAAAGAUGAAUUGUAAAUUUUUUGUAAUAAAACCUGUUUAUAUUUUUAUAAAUUUUAUAUAACAAG